UUCAGGCUCGGUAUUCCCUGGUUGGUCAAAUUUAGACCCCGGACCACGAGUACAGAAGCCAGCGCUCUACGGUUCCUCCAUGCGACGGGACUCAAUCUCCCUAUUCCACGCCUCGUCGCAUCAUUCGAGCAUCUAGGAGCAACUUAUACGGUCAUGACUCGCAUCCCCGGAAUCUCCGUCUAUGAAGCAUUGUGCCAGGGCCCUUUGUCACUCGACUUGCAACAGACCAUCGUGAAAGAGGUCUCUUCUGUCCUCGAAAAACUGCAGACACUUCGGCAGCCUCACGCAGAUGCUGGACAAGUCAUGCUCAGUGCAUCUGGCCAUGACCUUCCGGAUCCCCGAUAUUUCUUUGAAACGCGAUCGGGUCCUUUCCCGUCGACGACAGCGCUAUGGGCCCACGCCGGCUCGUACAACGACGUGCAGGAGUACGAAGAGAAUGUGGAUCCGGUAACUCGCCAAAUCAUGGAAGCAGAUCCCAUUCGUUACGUGCAUGCGGAUCUACGGACGUAUAACGUCUUGAUUCACGAUGGUCACGUCUCUGGUAUCAUUGACUGGGAGGAUUCCGGCUGGUUCCCCUCCUGCUGGCAGGUGUACACCAUGCGGUGGUUCUCUCGGGGAUGCGCUGACUUCUGGUACGGCUAUUGGGCUUUCGAACAUCGAUUUACAGCCGAAGCCGAAGCUGCAUACGCAGCGUCCAAGACAUUCUUGAUCCUACCGCCUGUUUGA